ACACUUCCCUGGUUCUUUCACCCCUCACCUCCCUUCAUCAUCUUCCUUCACCAUUCACCAUUCACCAUUCACCAUUGAAGACUUAGCUUCAAAAAGGGUGACUACAGCAGGGGCGUCGCCCGUUGGGAAAGGUGUUUCGAGGCAGUAAAGGGUGACUACCACCGAGCUCACCUUACCCUCUCCUUUGCUCUAGCCAAAAAAAACCACAUCAAAACUACUAUCAACCCCGAAAACAACCUCUACCCAGCGAAAACCACCACCCCUAUUCUCUCUCCUAACCUCUUCCGCCUGGCCAGAACUACCCCUACCAGCCCAACGCGAACGCAAGCCACUCUAAAAUUCAGUUGUUGGGUGAAGAAAAGACAAGCCAUUCUAAAAUUCAGUUGUUGGGUGAAGAAAAGGCAAGCCAUAGUCUUCACCGUUGGCACAUCGCAAGUCACUUUACAUCACUCGGAUAAAUGGAUUUUGAUGAGUUGAAAGAUAACGUAGUUCGUAUAUUAACAAAGAGAUAUACUGAAAAGAGUGAAAUAGAUCAUUUUAGUAGCACCGGUACAAUCGUAUACGAUGAUGGCGUUCUCCUAUUAAUUUUAACGUGUGGACACACGGUAAAAGAUGAGUUUGUGGAUGGCAUAACAGUUAGUUUUGAGGUGUAUGUAGGUGGGAUGGUAGAAGAAGCAAAGGUGAUCACCAACGAAGAGGACGCGACAAAAGAAAUUGGUAUCUUGAGUUGUAAAUCUUUUCCUGGUAGAAUUAGAAAAAGUGUGAUGUUUGGAGAUGGAAACUAUGUCUUACGUCAACACUUGUUUAUGAUAUCCCAUCUUGGUGGAUAUGAUCGAAAAACAUAUACCCGAGGGAAAUUGCAGUCUUAUGAGCUAAGGGGUACAGAUAAGAACCUGCAGAAUAUCGAACGCAUUAUCGAAUGUGAUGUUACGGCGGGACCAGGUUGCUCCGGAGCCGUCCUUUUUGACGAGAAAUGCAAAAUAGUUGCUGUUUUUUUCGCUUCGACACAUGUUCCCCUUUACGACUCACCACCUGGGCAACUUGGGAGGGAUUCGGAAUCUCUUUCAUCAACUCAUGGUGUGGGACUCGCUAUUCCCAUUGAAGUAGUAUAUCGGGUAAUCUCAGAUGUGCAUGAAAGAAAAUUUGGAAGGGGAUUAAUCGUUGAUCAAUUGAAUAUAAGUGGUGCUUUAAAAGAUCUUGCAAGUAGAGUGUGUGAUUCUUCAUCUUCAUCCACUAUCCUUCCAUACGAACAACCUGAGUCAUCACAUGAUCAGGAUCAUGAUCAAAGUCCUUCAGAAGAUUUGGGCUAUACCUUGUCAUGGUGUCGUGUUCCUACAAGAAACAUCAAUGAUGAGGGUGCUAAGGUUGGUGAAGGAGAAGAGCUCCCUGGUGAUAAGGUAAUGGGAGAUGAUGCUGUAACCAGUCACUCCACAUAUGGUAUCAGGCUUUUAUGUCCUGGUCCCUAUCAUGGCAUUUAUUCAAUUGAGGAGCUUGUGCAACUAAGUCAUAAGCACCCCAAUCCAUCAGCCAAAGUCAGUGUUAAACUUGUGUCUGAAGCUCGUGUCAGAGUGGUUGGUGCUGGGGUUGUCAAGAGGCAUGUUUUGAUUCCUGAACAUGAAGGUGGUACUGGAGCUUCUCGAUGGACAGACACACAGAAUGAUGGGUUUCCUUGGGAGAUUGGCCCUGCUCAAACUCUGGUUGCUAAGUAUUUUCAAGGUCACUCAGUUCUUCAAACAGACUGUCAACUGAAAACAGGAAGGGUAGAUUUUUGUUUCAGCAUUGUUUCCCUCAUCACACUCGGAUGCAUAAUGAUGAGAAAGUGCCAUAAGAACACCCGUUCUGUGGGCAUUGUUACAAUGGAUCCUGUUCUCUGGGCAAAGUUUGCUGGUGAGCCUGUCCAUGUAAUCAACUUCUUCUUCAUGCUAGCAGAGGAGUUCAAAGAGAUUAUGUUUCAACUAGGAUUCAGGAAGCUUGAUGACAUGGUUGGGCGUUCAGUUAUGCUUCAAGUUAAUGAAGAAAUGAUGAACCGCAAUGAGAAGCUCAAGAACAUUGAUCUCUCUCUUUUGCAGGAAAAGGAGUUAGUAGAUGUGUUCAAGUGUCCUUCCUGGGUUCCUGAUGUGCAAGAACAUCCUGGUUUUGUUGCAUAUGAGUGUGAAGUGAUUCAGUGUGAUAAUGGGAAUGAAAGAAUGAAAGACUUUACGGAGGUUAUUCAAUCUGCUCGGUGCAUGGAUUGUGGUACUACAAAACCAAGAGAUCUUCUUAUUGAAGGGGGGGACUUGUCCGGAAUUCAUUUUUCCAUGGCAUUCUUACAUGCAAAUACUAAGAGCUUGCUUGACAGUAAUAUACAAGAUGGUCAAUAUAUCUCUGCAAAUUGCAUUUGUACAUCUAUUCGACCCUUGGCCACAGGAGAACCCAAGAAUGAAGCCUGCUUUGAAGGACAACUGGACAAAUGUGAUGCUUCAGCAGCCACAAAGCAUAAAGUGAUUGAUUAUGCAUGCUUGAGUCACAAAAUAGCAGUGGUCCUCUUCCUUAAUUAGUUAAUUAGUUAGGGUCUGAUGAUAAACAUUAUUCUAACUUAGUUGAUUCUCUUUAGUAGUAUUCGGCUUUUAGUAGAUUGUCUUAGAAACACUAAACAAGCUUGAUGCCUUGAUAAGGCGUUUAACUUUCCACGAUAGUUAGGACAAUAUGUUAUAGUGCUGGCUUGUCAUGCAUUUGGGAGGCUGUUGAAGCACAAUAUGUUAUAUUGCUGGCUUGGCCUGCUUUGUUGAAUUAUGUAUUCUUAUUUGUUGUUUUA